AUGGAAACCUACGCAAUAUUUUCGUUCAUUGUAUUUUGUAAGCUAACUGGAAAAACAGACUCCUUCAAAUUUUUAGCUUUUAAAAGGCCUGUGACUGUAAGUUCUAGAUACAACAGUGAGCACUUUUCUCCAAGUAAUGCAGUAGACGGGGAUCGCAGUACAGACCUGCUGAAAUGUACACUGACGGGCUUUGACCAGAAAGAGGCGUGGUUAAGGGUUGACCUCGGCUCAAAGAAAAAUAUCGAAUCGAUAUCAAUUCUGCAUGGAGGUUUGGGCGAUGAUGCUUCUCCAAUAGAAUCAACUAUACUGGGUGUACGUCCAGACUCUGACGGUACUGGGACUGUAUAUCUCAGGGGCAAUGGGAAUGUAUAUCUCAGGGGCAAUGGAACAAUAUGUGGGGAUAACUUUAAUACGGGAGACGCAAUGGUGAUAUGUCUAAUAUGGGGAUUUAUUCCGGACUAUCCAUCAUACAAAAAAGUAAAUACGUCCUCCAACAUUGUACUGAAUGACCCCAACUGUAGUGGGAACGAAGUUAGGUUAAACGAAUGUCCAAUGGGUGAAAAUAACUGUACUUCCGGUCAAUCAGUGUCGGUGAAAUGUAGAGAAGGGAGUACCCUUGCGGGUUUCUCUGUAUAUAUAUCUGACACAGAAGACUGGAAAUCGGGACAUGUUUGUCAUCAUCAUGAAAUAGAAGAAAUACCAAGAAAUACAAUUUCUUUCCCCUGCGUCUUUUCCGGUCGCUAUGUUACUGUCUACAAUUCAAGGAAUGCGACUCAAUUCCCUUCUGUGUCCGACUGGGCAUAUAUCAAUAUUUGCGAAUUAAAUGUUGCAGGUUGUGAUUUUGGUUCUUAUGGAGGAGAAUGUUCCAGGUGUCCCGAAAAAUGCCUAAACAAUAAUUGUCAUAUUCAGACAGGCGCCUGCUCUGCCUGCAAAGAGGGAUACACAGGACACACGUGCACAGAAUGUGAGUACGGAUACUUUGGUCUUGGUUGUAAUAAUUCAUGUAGCAUUGCAAACUGUAAAAACAGUUCCUCUUGUGAUGCCAUUAAUGGAGCAUGCCUGGUUGGCUGUGUAGAUGGUUGGACAGGAAGUACCUGCAAUGUUGGUCUAGGUGCAUCAUCACUAAGAACAUCUGACUCUGGUCUCUUUCCUUAUUCCAAUGGAGACGGAACUGUGUUUGCUAGUCCAUUAAGUAGGAUUUGUAACGAUAGCUUUGAUGAAAAGGAUGCCAAGGUUGUUUGCUUGGCUUGGGAAUUUCUAACAGAUUAUCCAUUAUAUAACACAGCUGUAGAUUCCUCUUCGACCUACUUUUAUGAAAAUGUCUUGAACUAUGCAGGCAAUGAAGUUAACAUAAAUAAAUGUUCAAAAGGAUCCUCCGGCUGUCCAUCAAGAUCAGCUGUAGCUGUUACAUGUAAAAGUAAGGCUCGUGCAAUGGAGUAG